CGGGGCCUGGCACUGCCAUGUGGUUUGGGCUGGCACUGGAUGCAUUGUUCCCCCAUCGCAGCCAGGGAUUUCUCUUCCCAGCACUACAGUCACAGAGCAGAGGGGGAGAGUAGUGAUAACUAUUAGCUUGGGCAUCGAAAGGCCGCUCCAGUUCCUCUGAGGACUUUUACAUUUUUGGAAUUCUGUUUAUUUCUCUCCCUCCAUGGCCUCUUUCUUGUAAUGGAAACCAGGAUGAGGAAAAUCCAGGCACUCAGAGACGACUCCUGGUUAUAGUCCUCGUCAGGGAUUCUGUAAACUCUGCUUUCUGUUUCAGCUGUGGAGAGGAAACCUGAAGGCAUUGACUGUUUUGGACCAGAGAUUCCGGUCCCCGUACCAGACAGUUGUGACGGGACGGAGGAGUGGACACAAACUAAGGACCCUCUUCGCUACAGCCAGCCGUGUUGGAUGCAGCUGAAUAACAAGCUGAGAAAAAGAAAGAGCACUGGACUCUCCUGCUCCAUUCUGAGGACUGCCAUCCAUGUGGUGGUAUGAAGAGACUGUGAGUCAGGAGAAACACAAUCAGAUGGGAGCAGAUUGAUAGAGAGAAAGAAAGGAGAGAAAGGAGAGAAAGGAGAGAAAGAAAGGUAGAGGUGUGAGUGUCAAGGUGCCCUCCUGACCCCAAGGUGAUAGCACCAGUCAAGGCAGCAGGAUGACCAGCCUGUUCAGGCGAAGCAACAGUAAUGGAGGCUCCGGUGGAGGAGGAGGGGGAGGUGGUGGUGGUUCUACCCCAGGAGAGCUCAACAACAGCCGGCCUAACCGACAGGUGCGGCGCCUGGAGUUCAACCAGGCCAUGGAGGACUUUAAGAUCAUGUUCCCCACCAUGGAUUACGAGGUCAUCGAGUGCGUCCUGCGCUCCAACAACGGGGCGGUGGACGCCACCAUCGACCAGCUCCUCCAGAUGAGCAUCGAUGGAGAGGGAUCAGAUGACAGCUCUGACUCCGAUGAUAGCAUCCCACCAGAGAUUCUGGAGAGGACAUUAGAACCUGACAGUUCCGACGAGGAACCUCCCCCCGUCUACUCACCGCCCACUUAUGACAUGCACAUCUACGACAGGAAGUACCCCGAGGCCCCGCCCACUCCCCCACCCCGGUUUGAGGCCCAGCUCCCUCCAGGUCACCGGCAGGUCCGCAGCUACAGGAACUGGAAUCCACCGUUGCUUGGCAACCUGCCAGAUGAUUUCCUGCGGAUCCUGCCACAGCAACUAGAUAGUAUACAGGGCUCACAGAGCAGUCUGUCCCAGCCUUCUUCCUCCUCUCUGUCCUCCAUCGCCCAGCAGACAACCCAGGGAGGUGUCUCCAAGCCAGGGACUGAUGGAGCCCUAGGGGCACCUGGAGGGCCAGGUGGUCCCGGGGGCAUGGCAGGGGUAGGCACGGAGCAGGAGCGUAAACUGAAGCAGUACCUGGAUGAUGAACGCAUCGCUCUGUUCCUCCAGAACGAGGAGUUCAUGAGGGAGCUGCAGCGCAACCGCGAGUUCCUCGUCGCCCUGGAGAGAGAUCGCUUGAAGUACGAAUCAAAGAAAUCCAUGUCCAAUCAUUCAUCCUCUUACAUGGAGAAUUCCACAGCAGGAGAGCACUGUGCUUCGAGGUCGAUGGAGGCCUGUACUGCUGUGUCAGAUGACGCCAUGUUCAGAGACAAACUCAAACACAUGGGCAAAUCAACAAGAAAGAAGCUGUUUGAAAUCGCCAGAUCAUUCUCUGACAAGACAAAGAGAAGAAAGUUAAAAAGAAGAACGCUCCUGAAGCACCAGUCACUGGGCACAGCCAACUCCACAGCCAACCUCCUGGAAGAUGUGGAGGGAAGCCCAGAAGAGGGUCAGCCCAGAAGAUCAGACACUCAGGAAGACGAUGUGCCACACAAGGAGCCUUUGUCAUGAUUCUCCAAGGCUGUACCACAUCAGGGUUUCCAUGGUGACAGCAGAAUGACCCAUGGCUGGUGGCCACGCAAUACUUUGGCUCCUCCCUCCUCUAACACAGAUCAGCCAAUCCCAGGCCCAGAAGUGACCUGGGACCACCCCCCUCGCUCAGGAGGAGAGGAAGCAGACUGCUACCACCUAUCCUUAACUCUGACUGUUCAUAACCGCAUUGGAUAACCCUUAUAAUCUCUGUAUUAUAACUCUUCAUUAAUAUAUGACUUCAUAUGUAAAGGGCAGAUGCAUUAGUCUUUUGACAGUUCUUUUUUGUCGUUGUAUCAGCUCCCUUUAAUCCCCAUUGCAGAAUGCUUGUCAGCCUUGCUGGUGAUGAUCUUAACAUAUGGACUCAUCUAGUGUUACCAGUCUAAUAUCUUUGAUAUGGCUGGGGUAGGUCACUCUAGAGCCAAAGUGUGCACAAGCACCUCUGAAAUGUCCCAUAAUAAACCAUGUUCACUCCCAGUACCCAUGUGUUGCUAUGCCCAUUUGGUCACAGUUUUAAACAGACAGUAACCAGUGAUGAUGUGGCUUGUGUUUAAACAACACCUCAACUAGAAUCACAGCCUAAUCCAAGUUCAAUCCCAUGUUUCCUGAAAGUUCAGGACACAGAAACAACUUGUAAACAGAGACUCUCAUAUUACAGUUGACUCCCCCUUGUAAAUCUGGAUUUGCCUCGGAGCAAUUUGACAGGAGAUGAUAUCAUCAGAGACCUGUGUGUGUCAGUCAAGGGGUUGUUAAGUUGCCCUGCUCAAAUGUCAACAAACCCUUCUGUUGCACCCUCCUAUAUCAAAGAGGCAUUCAAACCUGCCAAAAGGGUCACUUGUUCCAAGCGGGUCAUAUUUCAUCCCAUAUUGUUAUGUCAAUGUGUAACUAAAUGCCAAGUGUAACCUUUAAUCCCAUUUCAGGAACUCUGACAAACUUCUUAAGAUUUCAUACGAACUGAAAUAUCCCUCAAGCUAACUGACUGCCAUAUCUCACUAUUCUCAUGUCUUUUUCAAUACAGCAUUUAUAUACUAACCCUAUCUCGUUGAGAGUAAGGAGGGGUGCAUAUUGCUGAACUCGUGUUAUUGAUGAGUACACAAUAAUAUAACUAGUAGAAAUAUUUGAUAAACAAAUAUGCCAGUGAUCUGUGCACAUUGUUGAUAAACAUGUGUUUUGUUAUGUGGUGUAAUGGGAAGUGUUGGGUAUGGAGAGAGCAAAGCAGAACGUGAUAUGGAUGAUGCCUCUGUGAGGUGAGGACUGGCAUUGAUCUUGAUUAGAUGCUGUUGGGUAUAUCGGUAGAAAAGAGGAGAAGGCUGAUGAUGACCCAGCGCUGUGAUAUGAGUUUCAACAGACAGUCGAGCUAGAUUUAAAGUCAACCCUUUGAGCCACUAUCUGAUUCGUAAGGUUUCACAUUGAUCCGUCACUUUCCCAACUAUUGGAAAUGAUUACUGUCUUAUUCUGAAGCCUUCUCGCCGAAGGGUGCUCUUUGCUCACGAUCGUUAAAAAGGAAGGGACAGACUGGUGUAGGAAACUCUCUCCACCAUGCUUCUAAAAAUUCUGUUUUAAAAUUGAUGCAUAAAAGUGAGCAAACCAAGUGCACACUUUAGGGAGAGGGUGGGGAAUUGGAACACCAAUUCAUUCACUCUACCUUCUUAAAUGGAUUUACAUGUAAAUGUUUUGCUACCUCUCAAUCUAGAUGGCUCCAUGAUUGAAACGUAUGUUUUUACUAUUGAAAUUUAAGAUGAUUCAAAUCAAAUCACCCAUUUACAGUUUUUCCUUGAUUUAGGAAUGAGACAUGUUUUAACCCCUUCUCUGUCAGGAUGUUGACAGAAGACCUCAUUGGUGAAAGGUCAUGUGUUGUAUAUAAGGAGAAAGGUAUGUUUGUUGAAUAUACGGAGAAAGUUUUGUAUGUACAAGUAUUGAUUGUGUGAAGGGAGGCUGAAAUCGACCCUUUCAGUGUUCUUUUUGAAGUCUUGAUGUUAUGGAUUGGGUUUGGAAUUAUGCCCCUUUGACAAUUUCUGUCUGUUGUCAUUUUCUUGUUUGUUAGUUUUGCUCUCAGCAUUUUUCUCAUAUAGGUCUUCACAAACUCUCUAAACAUGUUUGCCAAUAAAAUGUGUUUAUUGUCCUUGCCAUAAUGAAAAAGAUUUGCCAUAAUGUCACCCACUCCUUUAUACUGUUAUUGAGCGGCAGAUAGGGGGCGCCAUUAUCCAGUUUACUCAAACUGCCAUCAGAUUAUCCAGACUUCAUUGUUACUGUCAUGCUAUUCACAUCAGUGGAGGAUGCUGAGGGGAGGAUGGCUCAUAAUAAUGGCUGGAAUGGAGCGAUUGGAAUGGCAUCAAACACAUAGAAACCAUGUGUUGGAUACCAUUAAACUGAUUGCGCUCCAGCCAUUACCACAAGCCCGUCCUCCCCAAUUAAGGUGCCACCAAACUCCUGUGAUCCACAUUCAUAUCCAUAGAGGUAUUUCAAAUGGGUUUUUGUAAUAUAUACUACCGUUCAAAAGUUUGGAGUGACUUAGAAAUGUCCUUGUUUUUCAAUUUUUUUGUCCAUUUUAAAAUAACAUCAAAUUGAUCAGAAAUACAGUGUAGACAUUGUUAAUGUUGUAAAUGACUAUUGUAGCUGGAAACAGCUGAUUUUUAUGGAAAACUCUACAUAGGUGUACAGAGGCCCAUUAUCAGCAACUGUCACUCCUGUGUUCCAAUGGCACAUUGUGUUAGCUAAUUCAAGUUGAUCAUUUUCAAAGGCUAAUUGAUCAUUAGAAAACCCUUUUUCCAAUUAUGUUAGCACAGCUGAAAACUGUUGUUCUGAUUAAAGAAGCAAUAAAACUGGCCUUCUUUAGACUAGUUGAGUAUCUGGAGCGUCAGCAUUUGUGGGUUCGAUUACAGACUCAAAAUUCCCAGAAACAAAAUAAUUUUCUUCUGAAACUUGUCAGUCUAUUCUUGUUCUGAGAAAUGAAGGCUAUUCCAUGCGAGAAAUUGCCAAGUAGCUGAAUAUCUCGUACAGUGCUGUGUACUACUCCCUUCACAGAACAGUGCAAACUGUCUCUAACCAGAUUAGAAAGAGUGGGAGGCCCUGGUGCACAACUGAGCAAGAGGACAAGUACAUUAGUGUCUAGUUUGAGGAACAGAUGCAUUAUUUUCAGUCCUCAACUGGCAGCUUCAUUAAAUAGUACCCGCAAAACACCAGUCUCAAUGUCAACAGUGAAGAGGCGACUCUGGGAUGCUGGCCUUCUAGGCAGAGUUCCUCUGUCCAGUGUCUGUGUUCUUUUGCCCAUCUUAAUCUUUUAUUUUUAUUGGCCAGUCUGAGAUAUGGCUUUUUCUUUGCAACUCUGCCUAGAAGGCCAGCCAGUUGAGGACUUUUGAGGCACCUGUUUCUCAAACUAGACACUAAUGUACUUGUCCUCUUGCUCAGUUGUGCACCGGGGCCUCCCACUCUUUCUAUUCUGGUUAGAGCCAGUUUGUACUGUUCUGUGAAGGGAGUAGUACACAGUGUUGUACAAGAUUUUCAGUUUCUUAGCAAUUUCUCACAUGGAAUAGCCUUCAUUUCUCAGAACAAGAACAGCCCAACAAGUUUCAGAAGAAAGUGCUUUGUUUCUGGCCAUUUUGAGCCUGUAAUCGAACCCACAAAUGCUGAUGGUCCAGAUACUCAACUAGUCUAAAGAAGGCCAGUUUUAUUGCUUCUUUAAUCAGAACAACAGUUUUCAGCUGUACUAAAAAAAUAGCUUUUCUUUCAAAAGCAAGGACAUUUAUAAGUGACACCAAACUUUUGAACGGUAGUGAGAUAUAUAGCUCUUACUGUACCUGACUGUUUCAAAUGUCACCCCAUGAUACUGGAGUGCUUUCAUUUAUUUCUGUAUUAGACAUUCUAACUCAUAUCUGCAGUAGCUGAGAGAGCAUCAUUGAUAAGAUGCAGGUUACGUUUGUUUACAAAUGCCUGUGACAGUUCACCCACUGACCAGUCAGCAGGUAUAUGUCUGUCUAUUACAGCAUUACAUGAUAUCAGUAAGUCACCAAGUGCUUGCACUCCAUAUUGCUUAGGUUUGUUCUUUUUGGAAAAGAGAGAAGUGAAAAUGUUUUUUGUAUCUUCAGUUCCAGGCUUUUGACUGACAUCUGAACAUGAGUGCAGUUUUGUUAUUGCACUGUCGAGGGCAACACUCGUCUGCAUGGUUUUGUGACGUGAUUUCAAAAUGGCUUGAUGUUUGAUGACUGCUCAUAGAAACUUGUAGAUACGUUAUCCUCUCAGGGAAGCUCCCCUCUUCUUUUUACUGUUCUUCCAUUUCCAAUUUGUGCGACUUGGUAAAAGCACAGUUAAGAAUAUGAAAAGGUAUAUUUAGGCUGGUAGUUUAUUUCUUUAGAAGCUUCAAAUAUCAUGUUGGUGGCCAGACAUGAUUUCAAAUGCAUACUGGACCGGUCUGUGCGAUAGACCAAAAAGCUGCAUAUAGGCCUAGUUGUUGUACGGAAAAGAGCAUACUCAAAAUAAUUUCAAACUUUAACGUUUUAACCUUUUCUGACCAAUAGACAUGCAGCAUCACAAAUGCUUGGUUAAUUAUUUUUUUGUUGAGAUGUUUUAAGUACAGAUUAUUUUAUUGUACUGUAUGUGUGCCAGAAAGGGUGAUAUGCUUCAUUAUGAAUGUACAUGAAUAGAGAUGAGGCCAGUAAUAGCAGACAACAUGCUUGUUUACAAUGCACUCAUGAGCCUGCAAUCUUCUAUGGCUCAUAACCCUAUCAUAAGAAUGUAUAUCAUAUUUACUUUGAAGAACUACCACCACAGGCCUGAUGGUUUUUUGUUUCGUAUGGAACUCGGUGCGAUCUGUGUGGCCUGUCCAUAAACAACCCCUAUAGCCUCUAACCUCCAGGCAUUUUUGUAGAUCUGUUUCUGGACAGGACUGUAGCUAAUCCCACCAGUCAAUGUAGGUCAAACAUACGAAAAGCGUUGCUCAUUAUCAAAACUGAUGUACAUUUCAAGAACUUCAGAAUUUGUAUGAUUCAACAUGUUUGUUUGUUUGUCAUAUUUUGGAAGGCCAAGGUCAGAAGCCAGUUUCUACCCACAACAUAUGUUUAAGGUUCUUUACGUGAUUGUUGUACUCAAGAUUGAUUUCUGGAUCAGAUUUUUCUUACACUUUAAGAAAGUUUCUUAUAGCUAUUGAAAUAAUCAAAUUGUGUUGUACCCUGUCUGAUGUGAUUGUGUGACAUUUGUAAAGAUUUAUUAACCGAUUCUGCUCAUUAAAGUUGUUUAUCGAUCCAUUAGACAA